AUGGAUCCCCAGCAGGUCAACAACCCGAGGGUCCCUGAACAAACACACCCGACAGCCGCUAGGUCUCAAUCCUGGGUUGCGGCCGACGAUUAUUUUCUUCCAGCACCUCCGCCGGUACCAGCGUCCUACUCGGUCAAUGGCGAACGAGUAUACUCCCCAGAUACCGGCGGACCAUCGACGCCGUUGCCCGCGUACAAGCGUCAGAUGUCAAGCGACAGCACCAGCCGGAGCCGCACAUCAACUCUCAGAGACCGAAGUCUGGUGGAUCUCAACGAUGGCUUUGUUCCUGCUGCUGCGGAAGAGGCGAUGCCGUUCAACAUCAAGUACAACUCGUCUUGCUAUACGGUCGAGCGUCUUGCAGAUUUCGACGACCUCGAACUCCGGCCGACCCUCGUCAAAGCGGUACACAAGCUGAUGCCUUUCGUGACUGUCGCAGCCUUGGCCGCCAGCUUCGGUUAUUUCGGCUUCCGGAUAUACUGUACGCUCGCGACCCAGAGAGCGCGGGACAAAAUCUACCCCAUGGCCUGGGUCUUCAUCAUUGCUGAAACGUUCGUCGCCUUCCCGCAGCUCUUUUACGCGUUUUAUUCCUUCCUUGCCCUUCGGUCCCGGAAACGGCCCAAGCUCCGUCUUCGAGGCAACGCUGUUCCCACGGUCGACGUCUUUGUUACCUGUUGCAAGGAGGAUAUCGACGUCAUCCUCGACACUGUCCGUGCAGCAUGCGUGAUCGACUAUCCCCGGGAUCGCUUCCGCGUAGUCGUCUGUGAUGACGGCGGUUCUGAGGAAUUGCGAAAAGCAGUCGGGAUGCUGCAAACCUGCUAUACCAACCUGCUUUACUGGGCACGCGUCAAGGUCAAGGGCAAGCCCCAUCACUUCAAAGCUGGCAACCUCAUCGCUGCGACAGAUAUGGUCGCCACCCUACCUGAGGGACCCGGCGAGUUCAUCGCCGCUCUGGAUGCCGACAUGAUCCCCGAGCCGGAAUGGCUCCGUACUCUGAUGGCCCAUCUGGUCAUCGAUGAUCAAAUGUCCCUGGUGUGCCCGCCCCAGCUUUUCUACAACACGCCCAAAGGAGACCCUCUCUUCCAGAGCUUGGACUCUUUUGCACGUGUGCAAGAAGUGAUCAAAGACGCCAAUGGUGUUGCAUGGUGCACCGGUUCCGGCUACGCAGUCCGGCGGGUCGCCAUCGAAAGCAUCGGUGGGUGGCCCACGGGCUCGCUGGCAGAAGAUGUCUUCACCAGUUCCAUGCUGCUGGGCCACGGAUGGAAAACGGCCUUCGUGCACGAACCCCUCCAAUGGGGACUCGUGCCCGACACCUUCACCGGCCACCUCAAACAGCGGACGCGCUGGACUUUGGGCACGCUGCAAACGGCUGCCAAACUCAAUUUCUGUCUCUAUGGAGUCGGCGCACGUGGCAUGACCUUCAGUCAACGACUUUCGGGGUUUUUGUUCCCGGUGGAUAAUUUGCUCCGCAUGUUCAUCGCGUUUGCCGUUGUCGCCAUCCCCGUGGGUCUGAUGUCCGGCAAGGUCCUCGUGCUGUACGUCAGCGAGGACCAGCUACGGUGGCAGAUCCGUCUUUGUUUCUUGGGCUUCGCGCUGGGUCGACUGGCCGAAUACAUCACCUUCUUGCCCUCGGGAUACCGGCUUGCUCGACGCGACUUCGACGCGUCUCUGUGGAUGAUUCCGUACAACGCCAUCACCAUCGUCCAGUCUUUCAUUCUGCCGAAAUGGCUGGGUGGGAAGCCAAUGGCCUUUGCACCCACUGGCUCUCUCACCUCGGAACUCAACGAGCGCGACAUCAAGCAGAGAGCGCCGCUCUGGAAACGCCUAAAGAUCAUCAUCUGGGACUGCAAGGCUUACAUCCACCUGGUGUACGUGGUAUUCACCGUCACCGCCGUCGCGCUGGCCUUUGGCCGCGCGCUGUCGAUCAAGGGAGAUGUCAGUGCACAGUACCGGUACAUCUUGACACACAUUUGCUGGCCACCCAUGCUGUGGGUCCUGUCCGCCAUCGCCUUCACGGUCCCCGUCCGAUACGCGAUAUGGCCUCCGACAGUGCCAGAUCGGGAGGAGCUACUCGACCGCGACCCGGACACCUUCAUCGCCCACCCGAAACGAGAGUCCAAGCAAACGAAAUGGAGCAAGCUGACGCUGUUCCAUGAGGCUGUGUACGUUGCUGUCACUGUGUAUACCACGUUGGCCUUUGUGGCGACUCUAAUUUGGCACUGA